AGUCCAGGAAGUUGUAAGCUACAAUAGAUUGGAUGCGUUGAGGCAAGAUUUUAUAGCUAGCGGCUGCGAGAAUGUGGAGCAGGGAGACGAACGCUCGAGACAUUAAAUUCGUGUAAUUCGGCUCCGUAUCGAGACCCGCAAAUACUGAGCUGCACAAGAUUUUAGGGACAAAAGCAUUUAAUUAUGCAGUUGGAUUACAGGCUAGAAUGGCCACAUUGGGAAUGGUGAGGACAGGACCCAGCGGAGCCGGGGCAUUCAUCAUCAUCAUCAUCAUCAUCAUCAGCACGGUAGCCAGCCGAGCUCAGAAAGGGGAUGGCUGCGGUAACACCUUUCUGGGUCCCAGCAGUGGCACACUGUCCUCCAUCAACUACCCCCAGACAUACCCCAACCACACUGUAUGUGAGUGGGAGAUCCGGGUGCCCCCCCAGAAAAGGGUCCACUUCAAGUUUGGGGACUUUGAUAUUGAGGAUUCAGACUGCCACUUCAACUACCUUAGGAUCUACAAUGGCAUCGGAACCAACCGAGCGGAGAUUGUGAAGUACUGUGGAUUAGGCCUGCAGCUUCCCGAGCUGAUCCAGUCCAGUGGGAAUGAGGUCACAAUCCAGUUCAUGAGUGGUGUACACAAGUCUGGGCGUGGCUUCUUCCUGUCCUACUCAACCACUGCGCACACAGAUAUGAUUACCUGUCUUGACAAAGGAAUUAAUUUCACAGAGCCAGAGUUCAGUAAAUUCUGUCCUGCAGGGUGCCAGGCAGUCUUUGGAGAGAUUUCAGGAACAAUCCCUCAUGGGUACAGGGAUUCCUCCUCUGUUUGCUUAGCAGCCAUACAUGCGGGAGUGGUGUCCAACACUCUGGGAGGGCAGGUCAACGUGGUCAGCAGCAAAGGCAUCCCGUACUAUGAAAGUACACUGGCUAACAACGUCACCUCCACCAGUGGUCUUCUGUCCAACAGCCUCUUACCUUUCAAAACAAAUGGCUGCUAUGGUACUCUAGGAUUAAAAGCUGGUGUUGUCCGGGAGUCUCAGAUUUCUGCCUCCUCCAUGUGGGAAUGGAGUGACACAAUUGGUGGGCCGAGCGUGUGGGGCCCCCCAGGGGCCCGGCUGAAGAAGGCAGGACUCCCUUGGGCUGCCGCCCACAGUGACCAGCACCAGUGGCUCCAGGUGGACCUGAAGAGGGAGAUGAGGAUCACAGGAAUUACCACCACUGGCUCCACCCUUAUGGAGUUCCCCUUCUAUGUGUCGGCAUACCGAAUUCUGUACAGCCAGAACGGGAGGAACUGGCAACCCUUCAGGGAGCCGGACAUCGACCGGGACAAGGUUUUCCAAGGCAACACAAAUUAUCUGCAGGAAGUGCGUAAUAACUUCAUCCCACCAAUUGAGGCAAGGUUUGUGCGCAUGAGCCCCACACAGUGGCAGGAGCGCAUUGCCGUGAAGCUGGAGCUGUUGGGCUGCCUGUCACUGACAAGCGAGGGGCCAGCCAGGCGAGGGCCACAGACAGUGUGGCCUCGAGUCUCCCGUCCAUCACCCCCUAAACUGAGCACCAACCCGCCACUGCAAAGUGACAAAACCACCCUCACUCCAGAUAUCCGAAACACCACCAUCACCCCCAGUAUCAACAAAGAUGUGGCAUUGGCAGCUGUGCUGAUACCUUCUCUGGCCAUGGCCUUGUCUGCUCUUGUCCUGGCCCUGGUCUGCACCUGGCACUGGAGGAACAGGAAGAAAAGCACGGAGGGAGUCUAUGACCUGCCACAGUGGGACCGCACAGGUUGGUGGAAGGGAAUGAAGCAGCUCUUGCCCUCUAAGAUGGCGGAAGGGGAGGACUCGGUGGUGCGGUACAGCAACACUGAAGUGGGUCGGCUUAGGGGGAGACAGGGUGCCCCCGUGCUGCUGACCGAACCGGCAGAGUAUGCCCAACCAUUGGCCAGUGGAGUUGUAGGCACCCUGGGCCAGCGGUACCCUGAUUCUGACCAAUACGACGCACCGCUGACAGACAUAUACCAUGCCUACGCUGAGCCCCUGCCAGCUUCAGGGGCAGAGUAUGCCACACCCAUCGUUUUGGACAUUGCCAGCUACCCUACCAGUGGGCCUAUUGGACAACAACCUUCAGUUUCCUCCUUCAAGGGAUGUGGCACCACUCCCCUCCUGGCCAGGAAAGACAGCAAUCAGUCAGGGGCAAGUCCACAAUAUGACACACCGAAACACAUGCUGGGACAGGCCCCUCCCAAAAAGCAGCUGGAAUACCAGGUUCCACAGAACAGUGCCCAAAAGGGAUCUGCCAAAACCUGAGGGAAACGAGUAAUGGUUAACUCAUGCAAGGGGGUGAAGCUGUGCACAGUAACACCUACCCCGCAACCUGGAUGAGCAGGAACACAACCUAAGGCAUAUGGGAAAUAGGAGGGGGGAAAUGCAAGCCCCCAAACACAUGCACGCACACCACCUUAUUUAUGGCUUGAAUAUGGAUAUGAAUUAUGUAUGUUAUAUGCCCAUGUGUGCACAGUGUCAGUCUUUUAGUGCCAUUCCAGUCCCAUCACUGAAACGCAAGUUAUGAAUGUUCACCACAAGAGGGCUCACUGCCAGGCAGCAUCUAUGUUGUACUUACUGUAUUCAUUUUUGUUCAAUGUCAAGCUACGAGUACCUUUGAGAAAUCAGUUUAUUUUACUCACACAUACACUCAUCAACAUGCUUUCUGCCUUUCUUUCUUUGUUUCUUGACCUUGACCAUUCUUACCUCAUUAGAUAAUUGAGAAUGUGCAUCUGCUUUAGAUGCUCAAAUUUUGCUAUUGAUUAGAGGAUGAAUGGAUAUUCACACCAAUGCAUAACUCUGAAAACCUCCAACUAUAAAAUUCUAGCGCCAAUUCAUUUUACAUUUAUGUGAUAUCCUGUUCUUUUUCAGUUGUAAGGUCCUGCCUGUUUUCCUUCAUCUGUGUCCUUCAGUUAUUGGAAGCAACAUAUCCAACAACAUUUCAUUGAUUAUUUACAUUUCGUUAAAAAAUGUUCAGAACUGGCUUCACAUCUACUAUUUUCAAUGUUUCUUAUCCCUGUAUAUUAGGGCACUUCACACCCAAUCAUUUUAUAAUGGCAGUGUCGCUUAUCUACAACUUUUAAAAGCUAAGUCUCGCCAAAAGUGCACUUCAGUAUUAGAUCAAUUGUACGUCUAAUUCUGCCUGUAAAAAUGCACCUAGUGUAUGUUAAUAUUAUUACGAUAUCCUUUUCACAAUUUCAAAAACCGAGGUGCCAGUCAGCCGACCAGUAUAUGAUAACUAUGGCUAAAAUAGUAAUAAUAGUAAAUCAUUUCUGGUCCAGAAAAACUUUGUUUUGAUUUUGGGGUAAAAUUGACAACUCUUUCUUCCUUUUUCUCUCUCCACCCCAUGUUAAGCCUUUUGCAUCUCAUGCAAUGUGUUGUUGUGUCCAGUGCCCCUGGUUGCACAUCUUUGAGCAUCAAGCUGUGGAUUACAGUGGUGGUUCUCGAGCUCAUAGAAGGGGUUGAAGUGGGUCACAAGAUACACAAUACAUAAUGAAGUACUGUACAGCUUCAUUGACAUGAACACCAGCCAGAUAGACACUAAACCUGCUGCAGGCACUGCCGUGGUUAGUUUAGGAACACAGGACCUUCUGUUACCUUGGCAUGUGCUGUAGUCACUCCAUGUUUGCGUUUUUUGCUAGAAUGUUUAGAUUAUUCUCCAUACAAAAUAUCAUGGUAAUUUUGAUAAUGUGUUUUAAUAAAAAUGUUAAGGAGA